AGAAAGGAAUACCAUUCUCUCUCUCUUUAAAAUUCUCUGCCUUAUAUUCACUCCAUGGAAGAAGUCAGUUUCAGUGAGGAGAAAUUUGUCACUUACAAGCACGUCGACCAUGGUAUUUUGAAUCAAACAGCAAAGGUAGUUCGGAUCUCGAUGACGGAUGCAGAUGUCACAGAUGAUGAAGACGAAGGAUUUGUUAAACUUCAUAAGACAAAGAAGAUUGUGAAUGAGAUCAGAAUAGUGAAGAAGAAACCUUCAACCAGUGUGUCAGUGAAACAACACAUUAAAGAGCCUGGUAGAAGAAAGUUUAGAGGAGUUCGUCAAAGACCAUGGGGAAGAUGGGCAGCAGAAAUCAGAGAUCCUUUCAAGCAAACAAGAAUCUGGUUAGGGACUUAUAACACUGCUGAAGAAGCUGCCAUGGUUUAUGACAAAGCAGCUAUUAGUUUCAGAGGUUGUCAUGCUCUCACUAAUUUUAUCAAACCUCCUACAAUGGAAGACAUACACAAGUCUUCUACCCAGGAAGACAUGCCUAUGGAAGACAUGCACAAGUCUUACACCAAGGAAGACAUGCUUACAAUGGAAGACAUGCACAAGUCUUCUACCAAGGAAGACAUGCCUACAAUGGAAGACAUGCACAUGGAUGCUGUUUCUUUUGAGUAUGGUUGUUAUGAUGAAUCUCAAGGUAGUUGGAGUGGUUUGGUUGAGAAUGUGAGUGGUGGGGCUGGUUCAAGUAGAGAGUCUCAUCUGUCUUCACCCACUUCUGUGCUGGGACUUCAACAUGAGAAACUUGUGCCGGAAGAAGUUUUUGAAACAGAGGGUUUGUUUAUAGAAGAUCCAAGUUUCGAAGAUACUUUCUCUUUUGUAGAUUUAUAUUUACCCUCCAUUGAUUUCAAUUCUGGAAUAGAUUUUAUGGUUGACACUAAUGUAAAACCGUCUGAUGACGAUCGGUGUGAUAUUUCCCCUCUUGACAAUGAGAAUUUUCAAUCAUUCAACUGGGAUAUAGAUAGUUACUUCAAUGAUCUUUCUUCUCCUAAGACAUCUGGAUGA